AUGGCCACCCCCGCGAUCCCCACCUUUGGUAAUAUUCUGCCCGUAUAUAUCAUGGAAGCGGUGAGACGAAGAUUACCUCCACGGUCCACCCCAACUCCACCUCCACCUCCACCUCCACAUCGCGAAGUUCUCUUAGCAAGUCGCCGUCCAUUACCAUCCGAAAAUUUCUUCAUCGCAAAACGUGUGAUGGGUGGUUCGCAAGAAAUAUCGCAUGGAAUCAAGAUUGAGCUUUCUACAUAUACUCUGAUUACAUUCGCACCCAGACGUCCAUGCCUUUUUCGGGAGAGAGGCAAAUGGAUUGCCGGAGUUUCAUAUGAAGCCAUGGACAAAAUGCCUCAUAUAUGGUAUCUAUACUAG